UUGUCUAGGCUUUCCUAGAUAUUAAACACAUGGACAUUGAGGGGACGUACAUUCCUAACUAUCGCCGUGUAGUGUUAUAGGUUGACUAUCUAAACUAUGCAUGAUAAUAGAUCGUAUGAGGUGUUUUCCAUAUACGGUUAUAUAUAAGAAGUUGUAGUUGGAUAUCAUUAAAAGUAAUACAUUAGACAAUCAUUUAAUAACUAUAACAAUCUCUAUUUCCCUUCUAUCACUGCUUCUCUCGAACGAUCAUCAGAUUAUGUCAGAAAAAGCAGAAAUAUCAACGACAGAUACGCAAAUAGAACAGCCGUCAGAAACGAGUACUCAAAUAAACAAAGUCGACGUACCUCAACCAGCACUUCAAGCGAAACUCGAUGGUAGCGAGAAUGAAACGAUUUACGUAAGAAAUUUGAAUGAAACCGUUAAAUUAGCGACUAUGAAAGAAUCACUAAGGAAUUUGUAUAGCAAUUUUGGCGAAGUUUUGGAUGUCGUCGCUCACAAAAACAUACGGAUGCGUGGACAAGCGUUUAUAGCUUUCAAUAACAAACAUGUAGCCAAAAGGGCUCUUACAGAUACGCAGAAUUUUCCACUUUACGGCCAGCCUCUUAAAGUUGAUUUUGCGAAGUGUAACGCAGACGCUGUCUUCCGUCGCCAGAAGCGCACCGAGGAGCUGGAGAAGCAUCUUCAGCAGCGUAAGGAAGCUAAGCGUGGGUUGAUGAAAUCUAAUAGGGUCAAAGCCGGUCAGCCAGCUGAAAGAGAUGAAGGAACAAAAGCAGCCCAACAAAAACAACAACAAAUGCCAGACGAGUAUCUUCCACCAAACGUCAUCCUCUUCAUCCAAAACCUCCCAAGUGGUACCUCAAAAGAAAAGCUCGAGGAGAUUUUCGGUCAGUAUCCAAAUUUGGCAGAAGUGCGUGUCAUCCCCGCCAGACCAGACAUUGCUUUCGUUGAAUACAUGGAUGAAUCGAGCUCAUCAGUCGCUAAAGACGCUCUCAAUAACUAUCAAAUUGAAUCUGAUAAGCCGAUUAAGGUCACAUUUGCGAGACAGUAGACUAGUUUGUAAUUUAUUAACAGAAUUUUACGAUUUUGGUAUCACUUUGUUUGGUAUAGUUGUAACAGUACCG